GGGGGCAGGAGAAAAAAGCUUUUCCAAAAAAGUAUUGGCUGUCUUGAGGAAUGCGGUCGCCCCCUUGGGAAAGUACAUAUCUGGGAGCAGCAGGCGGCUCCGCGCUUGCACUCCCGCUCCUCCGCCUGACCGCGCGCUCGCCCGACCGCUCCUGCUGCAGCCCCAGGGCCCCUCGCCGCCGCCACCAUGGACGCCAUCAAGAAGAAGAUGCAGAUGCUGAAGCUCGACAAGGAGAACGCCUUGGAUCGAGCUGAGCAGGCGGAGGCCGACAAGAAGGCGGCGGAAGACAGGAGCAAGCAGCUGGAAGAUGAGCUGGUGUCGCUGCAAAAGAAACUCAAGGGCACCGAAGAUGAACUGGACAAAUACUCUGAGGCUCUCAAAGAUGCCCAGGAGAAGCUGGAGCUGGCAGAGAAAAAGGCCACCGAUGCUGAAGCCGACGUAGCUUCUCUGAACAGACGCAUCCAGCUGGUUGAGGAAGAGUUGGAUCGUGCCCAGGAGCGUCUGGCAACAGCUUUGCAGAAGCUGGAGGAAGCUGAGAAGGCAGCAGAUGAGAGUGAGAGAGGCAUGAAAGUCAUUGAAAGUCGAGCCCAAAAGGAUGAAGAAAAAAUGGAAAUUCAGGAGAUCCAACUGAAAGAGGCCAAGCACAUUGCUGAAGAUGCCGACCGCAAAUAUGAAGAGGUGGCCCGUAAGCUCGUCAUCAUUGAGAGCGACCUGGAGCGUGCAGAGGAGCGGGCUGAGCUCUCAGAAGGCAAAUGUGCCGAGCUUGAAGAAGAAUUGAAAACUGUGACGAACAACUUGAAGUCACUGGAGGCUCAGGCUGAGAAGUACUCGCAGAAGGAAGACAAAUAUGAGGAAGAGAUCAAGGUCCUUUCCGACAAGCUGAAGGAGGCUGAGACUCGGGCUGAGUUUGCGGAGAGGUCAGUAACUAAAUUGGAGAAAAGCAUUGAUGACUUAGAAGAUCAACUCUACCAGCAACUUGAGCAAAACCGCCGCCUCACUAAUGAACUAAAGCUGGCCCUGAAUGAGGAUUAAACUUAAGAGUGAAAAAACUUGGGCUGAAUUCUAGGAGUGGAGCCCACGUGCAGAAAAUCUAAGACUGUCCUACCUUCAACUAAUAGAGUUGAAAACCGUUUCUUUCUGCAGAAAUGCAAAUGCAAGGAACUGACUGAAAGUCUGGCCUUGCCUGCAUUUUCCUCUAUAUGGCUGGAAUAAUUACAUUCUCUUUAAUCACAAAAGAGCUUUUAUGGUAAAAUACUUACAUCAAUUCAGCACUCCUCUUUGAAAUAGGAAGUCCUUUUGUUUGAACUGAUAAUGAGGACCCCCGCCCCGCCCCCCCGCAAAUUUUCUUUUUCCCACUGACAGCCACGAGUCCUGCUUUAAGUAUAUAUAUAUGUGUGUGUGCAUGUGUGUAUAUUCCUAUUACAUAUUCAUAUUCCUAACAUAAAUAUCUGGUAUAGUGUCUGAAAUAUGAUUAAAUGUACCUAUGCUUGGGCAAAAUAGCUUUUGAAAACAGGAACUCAUGCCAGAAGCCCUGGUUGUCUGAAAGGUAGGCUUUAUUCAGUCUAAUGGUGCUGUUGGAGUCUGGGGAGAAUGUCAUGCUAAUAAUAAAUAGAACAUUAUAAAAAUAAUAAAAGAAUGUCCUAAUGAAGUGUGCAUGAAACAUAUUGGUUUUUUUUUUUUUAUGAGCAACAGAAAUACAUCAUUUUAAAAGUUCUUAGAAAACCUAUUUAUGUCAUCUUUGUUUUUGUGAGUUUGUGUUACUGCACAACUCCCACUUUUAACUGCCUGUACCUCGGAAAUGUCUGCUGUUAGUAACUUCUCCAGUUUGAAUAGCAGUGCUGCAGCUGUAUUUGGUUUUUACCUCUCCCUGUUCCCAUGGCACAGUCAGUGAACCUUCACCAAACCCCAUGUGCAUUUUAUCUUCAUAGUGAAUUGUUGGUGGAGGUGCACCUGACUGCUCUGUGAGACUCCGUUCCAUGGCUCCUUUGGGUCAAAGACAUCCUCCCCCCGACUUAGAUUCGUGUCUAGAAAUGAGUAAUGUCUUACAAGCAUGCCUAGUUCUAAUCAUCUCAUCCUGUGUUUGUGAUUGAUGUUUGCUUGCCUAAAUGUACAAACCACCAUUGUGUCCAAAGCAUAGCUAUUCAUAACUUAAUUUUCU